AAGGCUCACCGCCUGCCUGCCCUUGGACACCUCUGUCACCAUGUGGUUCCUGGUUCUGUGCCUCGACUUAUCCCUGGGCGAGACUGGCGCCCUGCCCCCCAUCCAGUCCCGGAUCAUAGGAGGCUGGGAGUGUGAGAAGCAUUCCAAACCCUGGCAGGUGGCUGUGUAUCAUCAAGGGCACUUCCAGUGUGGGGGCGUUCUGGUGCACCCCCAGUGGGUGCUCACAGCCGCUCACUGCAUGAGUGACCAUUACCAGAUCUGGCUGGGGCGUCACAAUCUGUCUGAGGAUGAAGACACAGCCCAGUUCCACCAGGUCAGUGACAGCUUCCUAGAUCCACAAUUCGACCUGAGCCUCCUGAAGAAGAAAUACCUGCGCCCUUAUGAUGACAUCAGCCACGACCUCAUGCUGCUCCGCCUGGCUCAGCCCGCCCGGAUAACAGACGCUGUGAAGAUCCUGGACCUGCCCACCCAGGAACCCAAACUGGGAAGCACCUGCUACACCUCGGGCUGGGGCCUGAUCAGCACGUUUACAAACAGAGGGUCAGGCACACUCCAGUGUGUGGAACUCCGACUCCAGUCUAAUGAGAAGUGUGCCCGAGCCUACCCAGAGAAGAUGACCGAGUUCGUGCUGUGCGCUACCCACAGGGAUGAUAGUGGAAGCAUCUGCCUGGGUGACUCAGGGGGCGCGCUGAUCUGCGACGGUGUGUUUCAAGGAAUCACGUCAUGGGGCUACAGCGAGUGUGCCGACUUCAACGACAACUUUGUCUUCACCAAGGUGAUGCCCCAUCUGAAGUGGAUCAAGGAGACCAUAGAGAAAAACAGCUGAACGCCCGGCCCUCCUGCUAACACGAUUAAAAUAGAAUAAUAAGCAA